GCUGACUGUGCAUUUCUCCUGGGUAACCGCACUGUGCUGCCGCCUUGUGCCCAAAACACACUAUCCAGCAGGACUGUGUGUAAGAUUACAUUGAACACAAGCAGUUAGAACGCCACAACACUUACACAGACAUUGUUACAACCCUCCCAUUUCCUGCAAUAUUGGGUUUGUUUUUUUUAAUUUUUUUUUAAAUGUCUUCUUAAAAUAAUACACAUUGAAACCCUGGCUUCUAGGCAACUCCGCCUUACCUGGAAAAUCACCGCGUUUGGGAACAAACAAAGAUUAAAUAUGCGUGGGAUUCAGUUAAAACACAUCGAGAGGGAGAUAGAGGUGGGCUGUUGAAACUGGGAGCUGUUGAUCUGGGAAACCAAGAACUGGCAAAGCGGCUCCCAACAUGACUGUAUUUAAUCAAGAGAAUGUUGAAGACUAUUAUGAAAUUGGCGAGGAGCUCGGCAGUGGGCAGUUUGCUGUAGUAAAAAAAUGUCGGAAAAAAAAUCAAGACCUGGAAUAUGCUGCAAAAUUCAUAAAGAAGCGCCGGACAAAGUCCAGCCGGCGAGGGGUCACCAAAGAAGACAUUGAACGGGAAGUCAGCAUAUUAAAAGAGAUCCAGCAUCCGAACGUCAUCACACUGCAUGACGUGUAUGAGAAUAAAACAGACGUCAUUUUAAUUCUCGAGCUCGUGGCAGGUGGGGAACUUUUUGAUUUUCUUGCUGAAAAGGAAUCCUUGACUGAGGAAGAAGCUACUGCAUUUCUCAAGCAAAUCCUUGAUGGAGUUCAGUACCUGCAUUUAAAGCACAUCGCUCACUUUGAUCUGAAGCCUGAAAACAUCAUGCUGCUAAACAGAAAUGUGCCCCAUCCUCGCAUUAAACUCAUUGACUUUGGAUUGGCUCACAAAAUUGAUUUUGGCAAUGAUUUUAAAAACAUCUUUGGAACGCCAGAAUUUGUAGCUCCAGAAAUAGUGAAUUAUGAGCCUCUUGGCCUAGAAGCAGAUAUGUGGAGUGUUGGUGUGAUAACAUAUAUUCUUUUGAGUGGAGCAUCGCCUUUCCUGGGUGACAGCAAGCAAGAAACGCUAGCAAAUGUAUCUGCUGUUAAUUACGAAUUUGAAGAAGAGUUCUUUAGGAAAACUAGUGGGCUGGCUAAAGAUUUUAUAAGAAGGCUUCUGGUAAAAGAUCCAAAAAAGAGAAUGACAAUUCAAGAUAGUUUGGAGCAUCCGUGGAUCAAGCCCAAAGAUACACAGCAAGCACUCAGCAGAAAGGAAUCUGCAGUAAAUAUGGAAAAAUUCAAGAAAUUUGCAGCCCGAAGAAAAUGGAAGCAGUCGGUGCGCUUAAUCUCACUGUGCAAUCGGCUGUCAAGAUCAUUCCUGUCCAGAAGUAAUAUGAGUGUUGCAAGGAGUGAAGACACCCUGGAUGAGGAAGAUUCCUUUGUAAUGAAAGCAAUCAUUCAUGCCAUCAAUGAUGAUAAUGUCCCCGGAUUACAGCAUUUACUUGGAUCACUGCCAAGUUAUGACAUUAACCAACCUAACAAGCACGGAACACCUCCAUUGCUUACAGCAGCUGGCUGUGGGAAUAUUCAGAUGCUUGAUUUGCUCAUGAGAACAGGAGCACAAAUCCACGCAAAAGACAAGUCUGGCUCAAAUGCUGUUUAUUAUGCAUCCAGGCAUGGUCAUGUGGAAACCUUAAAAUUCCUGAAUGAAAUGAAGUGUCCUCUGGAUGUUCAAGAUAAGUCUGGAGAAACUGCUCUUCAUGUAGCUGCCCGAUAUGGAAACCUGGACGUGGUUCAGUAUCUCUGCAGUAUUCAAGCCAAUCCUAACCUUCGAGACCGGGAGCAAGAAACCCCUUUGCACUGUGCUGCUUGGCACGGGUAUUACUCUGUUGCCAAAGCUCUCUGUGAAGCUGGGUGUGAAGUGAACUUUAAAAAUAAAGAAGGGGAGACCGCACUCCUUACAGCAUCGGCCAGAGGAUACCGGGAUAUUGUGGAAUGCCUGGUGGAACACGGUGCUGACCUUGAUUCAACAGACAAGGAUGGGCAUAUUGCCCUCCACCUUGCUGUCAGAAGAUGUCAGAUAGAAGUGGUGAAGUGCCUGAUCAGUCACGGCUGUUAUGUGGAUGUACAGGAUCGACAUGGCAACACACCCCUGCAUAUUGCCUGCAAAGAUGGCAAUGUUCCCAUUGUCUUGUGUCUCUGUGAUGCAAAAUGUAAUCUGGAUAUCCCAAAUAAAUAUGGAAGAACGCCACUACACUUGGCAGCUAACAACGGAGGCCUUGAAGUUGUCCGCUAUCUUUGUCUUGCUGGUGCCAACGUAGAUGCCGUAACUGCAGAUGGAAAGACUGCAGAAGACCUUGCAAGAAGUGAACAUCAUGAGCAUAUAUCCAGCUUGCUUGGGAAGCUUAAAAAGGAUGCACACAAAGGAAUUUACAUUCAGCAGCUCCGCCAUACUCAGAACCCACAACCAAGGAUAAAGCUGAAACUAUUUGGGAACUCUGGUUCAGGAAAAACGACACUACUCGAGUCCCUUAAGUGUGGUCUUCUAAGGAGUUUCUUCAGGAGACGACGGCCCAGGCUGUCCUCUACCAAUUCCUCCAGAUUUCCACCGUCUCCCUCGUCAAAACCCUCAGUUUCAGUGAGUAUUAUGAACCUCUAUCCCGGCUGUGAAAAUGUCAGCGUCAGGAGUCGCAGUAUGAUGUUUGAACCCAGCUUAACGAAAGGAGUCCUGGAGGUUUUCUCACCUUCAAAUAAUUCCCACUCCACUUCUGACGACCAGUCGACCAAAGCCAUUGAUGUACAAAAUGGCAACAUAAAUGGAGUAGGUGAUUUUAGUGUGUGGGAGUUUGCUGGCAAUCCUGUCUAUUACUGCUCUUAUGACUACUUUGCUGCAAAUGAUCCCACUGCAGUCCACGUUGUAGUUUUCAGCUUGGAGGAACCCUAUGAAACUCAGCUCAAUCAAGUGACUUUCUGGCUUAACUUCCUUAAAUCCUUGAUCCCACCAGAGGAACUUACAGCAUUUGGUGGGAAGAUCAAAAAUCCAUUGAGAGUUGUGCUUGUGGCCACACAUGCUGAUAUUGUGAAUUUGCCUCGUGCGUUUGGAGGGGAGUUUGGGUAUGAUAAGGACAUUUCAUUACUGAAGGAGGUCAGAAGCAGGUUCGGGAAUGAUCUGCUGAUAUCUGACAGACUAUUUGUUCUGGAUGCAGGAGCCUCGGGGUCUAAAGACAUUAAGCUACUCAGAAACCACCUACAGGAACUUAGAAAUCUUCUUAUUUCAGCUUGUCCCCCAAUGACACUACUUUGUGAGAAAAUCAUUUCAACGCUCCCUUCCUGGAGGAAAGUGAAUGGUCCAAACCAGCUGAUGUCCUGGCAGCAGUUUGUUUUUGAUGUUCAAGAACAAAUUAAUCCUUUAAUCAGUGAAGAUGACCUACGGGAGAUAGCCUUCCAGUUGCACAGCAUGGGAGAGAUUAAUAUAAUGCAAAGUGAGACCAUCCAAGACGUGGUUCUCCUGGAUCCUCGGUGGCUUUGCACCAGUGUGCUCGGGAAAAUCCUCGCUAUUGAGAACCCAAAGGCCAUACACCAUUACAGAGGACGCUACAGAAUAGAGGAGAUCCAGAGCCUGGUGUCGGACAGCGAUGUGGAUGAACUGAUCCAGAUUUUGGAUGCUAUGGAUAUCUGUGCCAGGGAUUUAAGUAACCCAACAAUGAUUGAUAUUCCUGCUCUGAUUAAAACAAACGGCCUGAACAGAUCCUGGACGGGGGAUGAUGAGGAAGAUGAAGUUUUGGUCUAUGGAGGAGUUCGUAUUGUUCCUGUGGAGCAUCUUACCCCUUUUCCAUGUGGCAUCUUUCAUAAACUGCAAGUGAAUCUGUGCCGGUGGAGCCACCAGAAGCCAGAGGGAGAUGAUAUUCGAUUAUGGACAAAUGGAAUCAAACUAUCGCAUGGAGGGGCAGAUGUCAUGAUCUUGCUGGUCAACCAUGGACAAGGUAUUGAGGUCCAGGUGAGAGGACUGGACACAGAAAAGAUGAAGUGUUACCUGCUUUUGGAUUUAAUAUGCAGCAUUAUUGAUAACCUGAUAGCAACAACUUUGCCAGGACUUCUUACGGUAAAAUAUUACCUCAGCCCCCAGCAGCUAAGGGAACAUCAUGAGCCAAUAAUGAUCUAUCAACCUAGAGACUUUUUCAGGGCUCAGACACAAAAAGAAGCAUCCCUUGCAAACACAAUGGGGGGUUACAAAGAGAGCUUUAACAGCAUUCUGACUUUUGGGUGCACGGAUGUUUACUAUCAAGGAAAUCUCGGCAUGGAUAUACACAUAUCAGAGAUGUGUCUUUUGACUAGGAGAAAACUUAGUCGCCUUUUGGACCCACCAGAUUCAAUGGGCAAAGAUUGGUGCCUCUUGGCCAUGAACUUGGGUCUUACUGAUCUUGUUGCUAAAUACAGCACGAACAAUGGAACACUGAAAGAGGUUGGAUUCCAUCCCAGCCCAACGUCUGCUCUUAUACAGGAGUGGAGUGGCAGUCCUGAAAGCACUAUCGGGAUUCUCAUUACAAAGCUGAGAGAACUGGGCCGCAGAGAUGCAGCGGACUUCCUCAUGAAAUCAUCCGCUGUUUUCAAAGUUAUCCUGGAAGCUAAUGGCCAAGAAGCUUAUGCGUCAAGCUGCAAUGGAGGAACGUCCUAUAAUUCCAUUAGCUCAGUCGUAUCUCGAUAAAAUGAAAGCAGUAUGGUGAAAUGAAUGUGCAAUCUCAAUAGACUUCUAACGUUAACCUGUUUUUGGUUGUUGCUGAUAGGAUUGGAACUCUAGAAUUUGCUUUCCUAAAUAAGGGAGCUAACCUGAAUUAGUAUGCUUUUAUGUACUUUCACACCCCUUCCCCCCUUUUUUAAAGUUUAUACUUGUGUUUUGUUUUUUUUAUUUUUCUGGCUGUCUUAAAUGGUGGAGGAACACUUUUAUUAGCACUGUUUGUAUUUUUGAACGCAAAUAUAUAACACUGCCAUUUUGAUACUGUCUUUCCAUUUGAUAGGCGUUCCUUAAUUAUUGUGUUUGGCAUAUGGUUAAACUUCCCUUAACAAAGAUAGUAUUACAAGCUUGCUUUUUACACUUUGUAUAAUUGUAUUUGCUAAAUACUGUGUGUUAUAAAGUUACAAUAAUAAAAUGUGUAUGCCUGGCAGAACGUAUUACUACAGUAUAUUGUGUUUAAAAAACAUCUGCAAGUGCCUUCUUAUGUGAUGGUUUAUGUGAAAUAGCAGUUACUUAUUUUGUUGAGUACCACCCUAUAUAGAAAUAUAUAAAUAAAUACAUGGAAGAAACACUCGUUUUUACACCAAAAGGGUGUGCUACAAAUGGAGGUAUUUCUAAUUGCUUGUCCAGCCCCAUCAUUGAAGGGGUGCUUACUGAAUUGCUUCCGUGUUAUUAGACCGGUCUUUUUUUAAUACUGUUUUUUUGUUGUUGUUUUUUGUUAACAAUAUUGCAGGAAUAUUUAAAAGAUUUCAGAUGAAUUGUAAAUGUAUAAAGUUAAUUAUACAUGUAUAAAGGUAAUUAAAAUGAAGCAUUUGACUAUAAAGAUAAAUCCCAAUUUUAGUGUGUCCCUAUCCAGAAUAAUGUGAUGGGUUCCUUUUAUUGUGUGUGUUUGUUUGUUUUGUUUUGUUUUUACACAGAUUGACUUCACUUGUUUGAUUUUGUGUCUCGGUUCACUAUGUAAAGUAUCAGAAAGAAAAGGGAAAGAAGUCUAUUUAAAACAACAUGUACAGUCAUUACUUUGCACAAUUGUUCUAUUUAUAUAUUAUGUUCUUUUAAGCAUGUCUUGGAAUGCAAUGUUCUUAAUACUUUCUUAAACUUUAUAUACUAGUAAUAUUUUAUAAUAAAUUGUUUAAUUGAG